AUGAAUGAAGUGUGUUCAGAUAUCUUGAAUGGAAGCAUUAAAGUUAGACUUGCAGCACAGAAUGAAGCAGCAUUAUUGGCAUUGAUGGAAAGGACUGGGUACAGUAUGGUACAAGAAAAUGGACAGCGUAAAUUUGGUGGUCCUCCUCCAGGAUGGGAAGGUCCUGCUCCUCCACGUGGCUGUGAAGUGUUUGUUGGAAAAAUUCCUCGUGAUAUGUAUGAAGAUGAAUUGGUCCCAGUUUUUGAAAGAGCUGGAAAAAUAUAUGAAUUUCGGCUAAUGAUGGAAUUUAGUGGGGAGAACAGGGGCUAUGCCUUUGUCAUGUACACAAGCAAAGAGGAUGCCUUGCAAGCUAUUCGAAUGUUAAACAAUUUGGAGAUUCGUCCUGGUAAAUUUAUUGGAGUUUGCGUUAGCUUGGACAACUGCAGACUCUUUAUUGGAUCCAUCCCAAAGGAAAGGAGGAAAGAAGAAAUAUUGGAAGAAAUGAGGAAAGUUACAGAUGGAGUGGUAGAUGUUAUUGUGUACCCAAGCGCAAAUGACAAAACUAAAAAAAACCGUGGGUUUGCCUUUGUGGAAUUUGAAUCUCACAGAGCAGCAGCAAUGGCGAGACGUAAAUUAAUUCCAGGAACUUUUCGGUUAUGGGGUCAUGCUAUUCAAGUAGACUGGGCAGACCCAGAGAAAGAAGUUGAUGAAGAAACGAUGCAGAGAGUUAAGGUCCUGUAUGUAAGGAAUUUGAUGAUAUCAACUACAGAAGAGACUAUCAAAGCAGAGUUUAAUAAAUUUAAGCCUGGAUCUAUUGAACGUGUCAAAAAAUUGAGGGACUAUGCUUUUGUACAUUUUUUUAAUCGAGAUGAUGCCAUUGCAGCAAUUUCAGUAAUGAAUGGGAAAUGUAUUGAUGGAGCAAGUAUCGAGGUUACUUUAGCUAAGCCUGCAACUAAGGAUUCUAAUUGGAAACAAAGAAAUGGCAAUUUGAGUCAGAAUGCAGAAAGUUUGCUUUUGUUUGCAAAUCAGGAGGAAGUAUCACAAAAGCCUGUUGGAAGAUCUUCAAUUUUACCUGCUACUCUUAGAGGCAGAGAAAGUCCAAUAUGUUCUGAGUCUGAAAGAGGCACAUAUCCUUUCUAUCCUGGCACAAAGCUUAGCCCAAUAAAUGUUCAGUCUUUAAAGCCUAAUCAUUUUCACACUGCUGUGAUGCAUCUAGAGUAUUACUGUUACAAAAAUAAAAUAGCUUUUCCUGAAUAUUAUUUGUAUUCAGCUAAUGGCCAGGAUGGAAAACUGCUUCUGAUUUAUAAGGUUAUACUUCAAGCCGUUGGUAAUAAUUGCCAGAGCUGCUUCAUACCUGACAGGCUAUGCAUCUCAUUGGAAGAGGCAAAGGAACUGGCAGCACAAUUUACCUUGAUGCAUUUGGGCUACAGUAUCUGCCGUGGUUCCGCACAUAACCUGUCACCAGUGAAUACUUCCUUGUCAACUGGAACAGCAAAUGUAUUUCCGUAUACACCUAAAACUUACUCCUGUCCCAACUACUCAGUUUCACCUCCUUUGUCUUUGGCUAAUGGAAACCACAUGGAGCAAAGGCUAUUUAUUUCUAAUCAGGCUUCUUAUUUCUGA